AUGAAGGACGUCCUCAGCAACGCCAACUUUCCCCAAGAUGCCCAAGGCCGAACGUAUCACGUAGCCACCAAGGUUGGACAGGUUGCUAAUCGCAUCAUUACGGUUGGUGACCAGGUGCGCGCGCACCGCAUUGCCAAGGCGUUCGACGGCGGUAAGCCGCUGUUCGAGUUCAGCUCGCAGCGCAACUUCCUCACGCUCACGGGCACGUUCCAGGGCGUACCCAUCUCGAUCGUAGCCAUCGGUAUGGGCUUUUCCGUGGUCGACUUCUUCGUGCGCGAGUGCCGUGCGGUCGUCGAGGGCGAGAUGAUCAUCGUCCGUCUUGGCUCGUGCGGCUCCCUCCAACCCGAGUACGGUAUUGGCACCGUCGUAGUCCCUAAAGCUUCGUUCGGAAUCUCGCGCAACUACGACUACUUCCACCACGACACGACUGCCGAUGAGCGACGCUCGGGUGCGCUCGAACCGUAUCUCAUCACCAAGCCGCUCGAUGCGGAUCAAGAGGUUCACGAUGCACUACUCGCCGCACUCGAGGCUGAUAAACCCAAGAACAGCGCCGACCUUUUUGGAGGCGAGGAGGUCAAGGCGGCUGGUGAUACGGUGAAUGCAUCGGCGGACAGCUUCUACGGAAGUCAGGGCAGGAUCGACCCGGCGUUCGUGGAUGCCAAUGUGAAUCUGAUCGAUGUGAUCCGGGAGAGGAGACCCGGUGUGGCAACGCUCGAGAUGGAAACUUUCCUCCUCAACCACCUUGCUGCCGCUGCGAAUGAUGCCAUUGACCUGGCGGAAAAGAAUGGCGAACAGCCAGUACACAAGGGCAAGAUCAGGACCGGUGCCGUUCAGAUGAUCUUUGCAAACCGCAACACUUCGGCAUUCAUCUCGCCCGAACAGUGCGAGACGCUCGAACACUGGGCGGGCAAGUCGGUGCUCACUGCGCUUGCCAACAUCCAAAUUCCCAACGAACGACUCCACCCCACCGGCGUCUGGAACCAGUCCGCCUAG